AGUGUUUCUGCUGCAAUGAUCCACGUGAUCGCGGCUGCAAGUGCCGGUUGAUAAAGUGAUUCAUAACAAAAGUAUACGACACCACAAACACAGCAAAAUUGUCAAAGAAUCGACACGUCUACUGCUAGAUGCCGUGCCCAUAAGCUAGCUUAAUCCGUGAAUGUGUGCACGAGAAAUGUGAUAACAGUAUCUUUAAAACCGGUCGGAUCGUAUACCUACUCAUAUACGCUCACCGCACGAUAUCGCGUAACGAAAGUCGAUAGUUGACGUAAAGGCUGAUCAAAAAGAUAGACCACUGUAUAUACGCGCUGGAAAAAAUAAACAAGCACGUGGCAUUGGAAGAGGCAAAUAAGCUAGUUAUAGAUAUAGAGAACCUGUUCGAUUUCACGAUCGUACCACUUUACUGCAAAUCAGCUGAUGCUAUUAGUCGACCUUUGAGCUUUGCUGGCGAACUAUAGCGACGAGGAAGAUACGAGGAAAAAAUGUCUGUAAGGAUUCGUGACGUUUAUCAUGACCAUGAUGAUUAGAUACAGCUCAUGCAAACGUAACCAGCUUAGACGUCGCUGGCUUAAUCUACGACGGGAGCAUGUCCUUUUCUUGUUCAAGCAGAGCAAGAAGACAGACAGUCUUAUUUUAACCAGGAUGUGGACACAAUGACACUGACAGUCUGAUUAAUUAGGAACGCUGCAAAAAAAAUGAGCAGGCUUCGCUUGGGAUCCGACUACAUCCCACUGGUGGACGAGGAAAUCAGCAGGUAUCGCCUGGUUAUUUCAUUUCCCAAGAUCGCAUGGUUCACCGUGUCUCUGCCUUUUUUUGGCUUUGUAUUUUGCAUCGUCUGGUCCAUACUCUAUAAUUUUGAAAAGUCAACGGAAACACACUGCAAGGUGUACAACUUUCUUCCCUCGGUGUCAGCUGCAAUCGGCCAUUACAAGCCUCAGAAAAAUGUCUGGGAAGCAGCUAUUGCUACUCAGGCUAUUCUUAGAGCUUUAGUGCUAUAUAUGUAUUAUAAGUAUUAUAGAGAAACUGCUCACAAGUGGGCAUAUGGUAUGACCAAUUUUGCCCUUUUUAGUUAUUUAGUAGAGAAUGCAGCUCUGGUUACGUUAAGUUUUUGGUCUUCCAAUGAGAAUUAUGCAUUACACAAGAUCUCUUUUAUUAUGUUUUUGUUAAUGUCUCUAAUGCACAUGACUUUGGCUUAUAUUAUUGCCAGGAAUUGUCGUAAUGUUUCCAAAGACAUUCAUGAUAGUAUUUCGCUUAAGUGGAAGUUCAAUUCCAUGGUUUUCAAUGUAACCGCUAUAUUAUUAGCGGUUUACUUUUUCUAUAGGCACAAUAAGUAUUGCGAACCAUUUGUUUAUUCAAUGUUUGCUUUGGCUGAGUAUAUAGUGGUUGUUUCGAAUAUGGCAUUUCAUGUCACUGCAGCGCAUGAUUUUGCAGGAAGGAGUGUGCUACUAUCUCCUAAUGGACUUAGGAUUAUUUAGCGUAUACAAAUUUUUUCAAAAAUAGGAUCUAUUUAUUCUUAUUUUGAAUGCAAACAUCAAUUUGGUAAAAAAUCUUACAAAAAGAUGAUUUUUGUGAUAAAUACUUACAAAGAUUUGUACAUAUUUCAUAAAUCUAUAAUAAACUUUUUCAAAUUA